AUGCCCGAGUUCGAGCGUAACGAGUACCGGAGGUUGGUCCAGCACAUGGUACGCAUGAACAAGGAGUUGGCUGCGCCUUUCAUGAAGCCUGUCCCCAAAUGGGUUCCUGGUUACUACGAGGUGAUCACUAUUCCAGUCGAUAUAUCGAUGAUACUCAAUCGGCUCGACUCUUGGUUUUACGCAUCCCGUGCUGAUUUCGAAGCCGACAUGAGGCAGAUGUUCGUCAACGCCUACACCUUCAAUCAGCCCGGGUCUCUUGAGUACGAGUACGCCCUCGAGCUCCACUCUAUCUUCAACACAAUGAUGUCGACUGCUCUUGACAAGGUAUUGCAGCACCUGGCGGAAGAGUACGAGAAGGAAGUGCGAUCCACCACGAGUAGUGGUCGGAAACGUAAGCGACGAUCGACGUGA